AUGUCGACUCAACAGGAUCCCAACCCUUCCAAUGAAGGCAAGCACGAUGGCUUGUCCAAAUAUGUUAAGCGCAUGAAGAUGGCUUUGAGGAGGAGCUCGACUGUCCGGACCACCUCGCCCGUCAUGCAGAAAUCAAGAGAGCCCGAGCCAAGCCAAGCUCCCGCUCCUCAACGUAUCCCGCAGGCUCCUACCGUCAAAGCUACACCCGAUGCGACCGUUUUCACCAACUGGGGCGCCAUUCAAGAAGAGAAGGCACGGGCUCUAUUUGCGAAAUACGGAUUGACCCUUGAGCCUGGAGAAUGGAGGUCCCCUAGCGAUACGACCGUCCAGCGUGUUGUCAGACCUAUUCGGAUGCGAGUGCGCCGUACCUGCCAUCGCUGCCAGACCACCUUUGGCCCGAACAAAGUUUGCGUCAACUGCCAACACGUCCGCUGCAAGAGCUGCCCUCACCACCCCUCCACCAAGACCAACGACCACCGGGACGACACCCAAGCUGCACUCCAGGCCAUUGUCGCGCAGAAACUGCACAAAACUGUCCCUGUGCAGCAUAAACCCAAGCAACCUCCUCUCACGCUGCCCUCGCGCACCGGCGGCCAGGAUGUCAUCCACCACCCGACCCGACAACGAGUCCGCCGUACAUGUCAUCAGUGUAGCACUGUGUUCGCUCCGGAUGCUACGGAAUGCAGUACUUGCCAGCAUAUUCGGUGCACAAUGUGCCCUCGCGACCCACCUAAACUCGGCAAAUACCCGCAUGGCUAUCCUGGAGAUGUCGAUGCUCCCGCAGAACCUCCUGCACGGACGUGGAAGAAGGCGCGGCAGCGAGUACGCUAUACAUGCCACAAGUGUUCGACAUUGUACCGAUCGGGAGAGAGGAAUUGCUCCGGUUGCGGGCAAGAGAAGGGACCUGAAACAAUACGAGAUCCACCCCGCCGAGACAAACCGAAACCAGACCCCGAGAUUGUUCGACGGGUUGAAGAGCGAUUGGCAAAGCGCAAAUGGCAAGUCAGGCCUACACUGGCUGCCAAGCUGCGUCUGUUCACUUACGUGCUCGCACUCCCGACAAGAAUAGCAGUUCAGCAAGCUUUACCUUUGCAGCUCGAGUGCCACAAGGCACUGAAAUGCAACGAUGGUUGGCGGACCUAG